CCCAUCGCGGGCCCUCGCUGUCGAGCGGAGCCAGCGGCGAGCGCUCGGCGACCGGGCCGAGGGCCAUGGCGACUUGGCGCCGCUGGCCACGGGUCGUCCCCGAGCCCGCGCUGGGAUGGCUGCUUCUGCUGCUAAGCGCUCUGGCCCCGGGCCGCGCCUCCCCGCGCCUGCUCGACUUCCCGGCUCCGGUCUGCGCGCAGAAGGGGCUGAGUUGCAGAGUCAAGAAUAGUACUUGCCUGGAUGACAGCUGGAUCCACCCCAAAAACCUGACCCCGUCUUCCCCGAAAAACAUCUAUGUCAAUGUGAGCAUUUCCUCUACCCAGCAUGGAGAAUUAGUGCCUGUGUUGCAUGUUGAGUGGACCCUGCAGACAGAUGCCAGUAUCCUGUACCUCGAGGGUGCAGAGCUGUCUGUCCUGCAGCUGAACACCAAUGAGCGGCUGUGUGUCAAGUUCCAGUUUCUUUCCAUGCUGCAGCAUCAUCAUAAGCGGUGGCGGUUUUCCUUCAGCCACUUUGUGGUAGAUCCUGGCCAGGAGUAUGAAGUGACUGUUCACCACCUGCCAAAGCCCAUCCCUGACGGGGACCCAAACCACAAAUCCAAGAUCAUCUUUGUGCCUGACUGUGAGGACACCGAGAUGAAGAGGACGACAUCAUGCGUGAGCUCAGGCAGCCUUUGGGAUCCCAACAUCACUGUGGAGACCUUGGACACACAGCAUCUGCGAGUGGACUUCACCCUGUGGAAUGAAUCCACCCCCUACCAGGUCCUGCUGGAAAGUUUCCUGGACUCAGAGAACCACAGCUGCUUUGAUGACAUUAAACAAAUAUCUGCGCCCAGGCAAGAGGAAUUCCACCAGCGAGCUAAUAUCACAUUCGCUCUAAGCAAGCUUCACUGGUGUUGCCACCACCGCGUGCAGGUCCAGCCCUUCUUCAGCAGCUGCCUAAAUGACUGUUUGAGACACGCUGUGACUGUGCCCUGCCCAGGAAUCUCAAAGACCACAGUUCCCAAGCCAGUUACAGACUACAUUCCCCUCUGGGUGUAUGGCCUCAUCACACUCAUCGCCAUUCUGCUGGUGGGAUCCGUCAUCGUGCUGAUCAUCUGUAUGACCUGGAGGCUUUCUGGUACUGAUCAAGAGAAACAUGGUGAUGACUCCAAAAUCAAUGGCAUCUUGCCCGUAGCAGACCUGACUCCCCCACCCCUGAAGCCCAGGAAGGUCUGGAUCGUCUACUCGGCCGACCACCCCCUCUAUGUGGAGGUGGUCCUAAAGUUCGCCCAGUUCCUGAUCACUGCCUGUGGCACUGAAGUAGCCCUUGACCUCCUGGAAGAGCAGGUUAUCUCUGAGGUGGGGGUCAUGACCUGGGUGAGCCGACAGAAGCAGGAGAUGGUGGAGAGCAACUCCAAAAUCAUCAUCCUGUGUUCCCGAGGCACCCAAGCAAAGUGGAAAGCUAUUUUGGGUUGGUCUGAGCCUGCUGUCCAGCUACGGUGCGACCACUGGAAGCCUGCUGGGGACCUUUUCACGGCAGCCAUGAACAUGAUCCUGCCAGACUUCAAAAGGCCAGCCUGCUUCGGCACCUACGUGAUUUGCUACUUCAGUGGCAUCUGCAGCGAGAGGGAUGUCCCCGACCUCUUCAACAUCACCUCCAGGUACCCACUCAUGGACAGAUUUGAGGAGGUUUACUUCCGGAUCCAAGACCUGGAGAUGUUUGAACCUGGCCGCAUGCACCAUGUCAGAGAGCUCACAGGGGACAAUUACCUGCAGAGCCCUAGUGGCCGGCAGCUCAAGGAGGCUGUGGUUAGGUUCCAGGAGUGGCAAACCCAGUGCCCCGACUGGUUUGAGCGUGAGAACCUCUGCUUAGCUGAUGGCCAAGAUCUUCCAUCCCUGGAUGAAGAAGUGUUUGAAGACCCACUGCUGCCACCAGGGGGAGGAAUUGUCAAACAGAAGCCCCUGGUGCGGGAACUCCCAUCUGAAGGCUGCCUUGUGGUAGAUGUCUGUGUCAGGGAGGGAGAAAGUGGAAUGGCAAAGCUGGACCCUAAGCUGCAGUCACAGAGAGAGCUAGUGGCUCAGACCCUCCAAAGCACGGUGCUGCUAGCAGAACAGGUCCCUGCAGCUCACGUGGUGGAGCCUCUCCACCUCCCAGACGGCAGUGGAACAGCUGCCCAGCUGACCAUGACGGAGGACAGCGAGGCUUGCCCGCUGCUGGGGGUCCAGAGGAACAGCAUCCUUUGUCUCCCCGUGAACUCGGAUGACUUGCCUCUCUGUAGCACUCCAAUGAUGUCACCUGACCACCUCCAAGGUGAUGCAAGAGAGCAGCUAGAAAGCCUAAUGCUCUCGGUGCUGCAGCAGAGCCUGAGCGGGCAGCCUCUGGAGAGCUGGCCGAGGCCUGAGGUGGUCCUCAAGGACUGCACACCCUCUGAGGAGGAGCAGCGGCAGUCGGUACAGUCAGACCAGGGCUACAUCUCCAGAAGCUCCCCGCAGCCCCCCGACUGGCUCACAGAGGAGGAAGAGCUAGGACUGGGUGAGCCCGUUGAGUCUCUCUCUCCUGAGGAACUACAGAGCCUGAGGAACCUCCAGAGGCAGCUUUUCUUCUGGGAGCUUGAGAAGAACCCUGGCUGGAACAGCUUGGAGCCACAGAGACCCACCACAGAAGAGCAGGCUCCCUCCUAGGCCUCCUGAGCCUGCUACUUAAGAGGAUGUAUGUUGUACUGUGUGUGUGUGUGUGUGUGUGUGUGUGUGUGUAGUGCCCGGCUUGGAGAUGUGGACAUCUGAGUCUGACAUAGUGUUGUAUACCUGAAGUUCUAGCACUUGGAGACUGAGACUUGAUGAUCUCCUGAACCCAGGGGUUCAGGGCCAGUGUGAAAACAUAGCAAGACCUCAGAAAAAUAAAUGCAGAAAUCUUGGUUCUGAUCCCUAAACACCCACCUUUACCUGAUAUGAACAUCUGGCCGUCUUUGCACAAGAAUCCACAGCCUGUUCCCAGAGCUCAUAGCCAAGUGUUGCUCAUUCCUUGAACAUUUAUUCUGUGCCUACUAUUCAUCAGACAUUUGGAAUUCAAAAACAAGUUCCAUGACACAGCCUUGACCACUAAGAAGCUUAAAGUUCAGUAAGGAUGUAAAAUUAGCCAGGAUGAAUAGAGGACUGCUGCCCUGCCUGCAGAAGAACCUGGGAGCCUGGGGGUGGCGUCUGGGCAAGAGGGGAGCUCCUUUCCUAGGAGGGGAGUGGCCUGUGGAUUGAGUAUUAGGAAGGAGCCAGAGUUCAGGGUGGAGAGAGCGGUGGCGCUAAGGUGGGAGCAGCCGGGGACCCCUUUCAGGAGUGGAUCUGUUGCCCAGCGGGGGAGGAAACUUCAUGCCAAAUAUACCCAGAAGUCUUCUCAGAUGAGCUUUUUAGAAAGAGUCGGUAUAGAAAUGGGUGAUGCAAAACUUGAGAAGCAGGAAGAGGCGUGUGAAAUCCUGUGCUCUCUCAAGUGCUGGCUGCCAGUCCGUGGGAGGGCUGCAGCAUGUGAUUCUUUGUGGGCUGCAGUCACACAGAUCCCUGGAGGUUGGGAGUCUAAGAUUCCCGAGCUUUACCUCAGGGUACAGUGAGGGAGUUGAGAAAGAUGUGAGGGUAGUGGGAAUAGGGGCAUGGCAUGACAGGAGAAAUUGGGAGGCCCUCCAAGGUCAGAGGAAAGUAUGUCACUGUAUAACUAAGGUAUGAGAGGUUGUUUAAAGUAGCUCCAGGGCGCCCUCUUGGGGCAGAUAGCAGCCUUGCGGCUUAGGUUUUAGAGGAUGCACAGGUCUGCGCACUGCCAGUUGUCUAGACUUCGAUGAGAAAAGGACCAUGAAAUGCUGUGGGAAGCUCGAAUUCAGUGGUUGUA